UUGAAAAGGAGUCAAAUUCAGUGACAUCAAGUGAGACUGGAUGAACUUCAGAGUAUGGGAAGAUGAGUGCAAACAAAUGCUUUCAUAAGAGACAAAAGAUCUCUGGCAUAACAUAUCUUAUUCGAUCUCUGAAAGAUUUGAAUACAUUCUCUUUGACCAAAGAAGUGGAACGUGGUUUGCCGUCGGAACAUCGAUCACCGAAUCCAAUCAAGUCGAUUUCAGUCUGGCAAGGAAGAUGAACGUCACUUACAACUCGGCGAGUAUUCAACCGCCAAAUGGCAUAACUAAUGCUUCCGGUACAGAGUCGCAUUUCACUGAGCCAGUAGCGUCAAAAGUCUUUCGCCUCGUGGUGUUCUCGAUUAUAAUACUCGCCAGUUUACUCGGCAAUUCAUUGGUUUUAAAAUCAGUGCUGGAACUUCCUAGGACAUACAAACCAUUCACGUAUUACCUGGUGGGAAAUAUGGCCGUGGCCGAAAUCAUCAGCUCAAUUUGCCUCCCAUUCACUAUGGUGUACGCAGAGACCCACAGCUGGAUAUUUGGACAGUUUCCUUGUAGGCUAAUUAUUCCUCUACAGGUCACAGCCAUUAUUGUGGUUACAAGCGACAUGGCAGCCAUAGCUAUCUAUCGCUAUCGGGUAAUGACGUCCCCGCUCAAGAAACAAGUAAAAACAUCCGUAAUGCUGGCUGUUAUUGGAGGAAUAUGGUUGGUGGCCUUUGUUUUAUCGCUGCCUUUAGCUGUAACACGGAUUUUGGUGGAGCACCCAUUAGGACAUAAAGUUUGCAUGUCAAAAUUUCCGAUCGGUGACCAAAAAAAUUAUACCAUCGUGAGAUUCGUUCUCUCUUAUAUAGCACCCUACCUGGUUAUGUUAUGUUCCUAUGGAGCUGUGGCGGUCAAACUCAGGCGUCGUCAGCUUCGAAGGAACCUCGACGAAGUGUCAGAGAUUACGAUGACUACGACAACAUCACGAAGCAAUUCGUACGCAGACCCACGAGCGGCGAUCUAUGUUCGUCCGAGAGCGGCAAGCAACUUGAAAUCCGGGUCAGUGCACAAGUCUAGCGUGGAACUUGAACGCGACCUGUUGAGAAUGAUCUACGCUAUAAUUUUGUCAUUCGUUGUUUGUUAUAUACCCUAUCAAGCAUUGUUUUUGUGGGAGCAUAUUGUAGGCAUUAAUAACAGUUACCACUUUCGUUACCAGGCCAUGCUCCGCCAGUAUUUCUAUGUGCUGACGUGUUACCCAAGUGCCCUUCAUCCUUUGUGCUAUGGUACAAUGAACAGAUUCUUUGCGCGAGCUUUUUCUAAGAUAGUAAUGUGUAGGCGCUAACCGAAGCUUCUUUUAACAAGACAUAAGCUAAGUCAGUUGAUAAUUGCUGAAUCGAAUCACGCUUAGCGACCUGCCACUCUUUAUCGCUUAGGAGUGGGGGCUCGGAAGAUUUCGGUUGUGUUGGGAUAAAAUUUACCUAUUCCCCCCUCCCCCAAGGCUCUGUAAUAUUCUUAUACCCACUCCCCCUUCCAUUAGCAGUUAGUUGACCGUCAACUUUAUACAACGACGGCUGAUCACCCCUCUGUCCCCCCUGAAGUCCGGGUGAUCUCCCCUAAAAGUCCUUCCCUCCAGGAAAUGUAACUUCUAACGUUUGAGUGACAUGGGAACGAAUUAGUCAGAAAUUAAUAUUGGACGGCGCGUUGAAGAGCUUCGCGUGGCAUCGUGGUAGUUUCAGAUUCUUUAGGGUUUUCGCGGAAAAUCAAGUGAUUCUUGGGUUUGACCACUUUCUUUUUUCUUAUUUAAGGUAAUUUUGUUUUACAAUUCUCUGUAAAAUAUCACAACAUUCAUUGAUUUUUCUAUGUGAUUAGUAAUGUAUCUAGGUUCGUUAUCCUUUUCUCGGGGUAUCGUGCUGCUGUAUUAGAUGAGGAAUUGGUUUUUUCGUGUCUGGCGUAGCACAGGCUAUUUUUGUAGAACCCUUUAGUUUCAGUGAACACAUGCAGUGCAUUGCAGAUCGUGUAAUGGUGCGUAUACCACAGGACUGGCUGACUCAUCCUAAAUAAACUUUCACAUUGAUUAUCUCGCCCGAUUGUAGUCAGAAUAUACUAGGUGACUAGUGUCUCAGUUCAGUUCCCGAGUGUAGUCAGAAUAUACUAGGUGACUAGUCUCUCAGCUCUAUGCUGUUUGAAAAGGGA